GGCGGACUAUUCUCGGGCACGGUGCCUUUGUGGAAAGCCCGCGUCCCGCUUAGAAGCGCCGUUCUAGGAACGGACACGAUAGCCCUACGCCUUCUUCCGUCCUCCCUUAAGAGCAACUGACCUUGCCUCGAAUAUGCUCCCACCUACAUCCCGUGCUCACCUGAGUUCGCCUUUUGAGGGCCACCCAUAACCGCAUCGCAUCUAGUGACCGCCUUCGACGCGUAAACUCUAUUGUCUUCCGUCAAGUCUAAACAAUAACAUGUCCGGAGAGGUGUCGAGGAAGCUGCCCAAGGACUUUAUCUGGGGCUUCGCUACCGCAAGCUUCCAGAUCGAGGGCUCGACCAACAUCGACGGCCGCGGCAAGUCCAUAUGGGACGACUUCAGCAAGCAGCCGGGGAAGACGCUGGACGGGCGCGACGGCGACGUCGCGACGGACUCGUACCGCCUCUGGAAAGAGGACAUCGCGCUGCUCUCCCAGUACGGCGUGCGCUCGUACCGCUUCAGCAUCGCGUGGAGCCGCAUCAUUCCCCUCGGCGGGCGGGACGAUCCCGUGAACCCGAAGGGCAUCGAGUGGUAUUCGAAUGUGAUUGACGAGCUGUUGAAGAAUGGGAUUACGCCGUUUGUGACGCUGUACCACUGGGACCUCCCGCAAGCUCUGGACGAGCGGUACGGAGGGUGGCUGAACAAGGACGAGAUCGUGCAGGACUAUGCCCGGUACGCACGCGUCUGCUACGAGGCAUUCGGUGACCGUGUCAAGCACUGGUUGACGAUGAACGAGCCGUGGUGCAUCUCAGUCCUGGGCUACGGCCGGGGUGUGUUUGCGCCCGGUCGGUCGAGCGAUCGCACGCGGUCGCCCGAGGGCGACUCUUCCACCGAGCCAUGGAUUGUGGGGCACAGUGUCAUCUUGGCACAUGCGACCGCGGUCAAGGCCUACCGCGAGGAGUUCAAGGCCGCCCAGAAAGGAGAGAUUGGUAUCACGCUCAACGGAGACUGGGCGAUGCCAUACGAUGACCAACCGCAGAACAUCGAAGCUGCGCAACACGCCCUCGACGUGGCGAUCGGCUGGUUCGCGGACCCGAUCUACCUGGGUCACUACCCUCCGUACAUGCGCGAGAUGCUCGGGGACCGCAUGCCCGACUUCACUGAGAGGGAGUGGGCGGUCGUGAAGGGGAGCAGCGACUUCUACGGGAUGAACACGUACACGACAAACCUGUGCCGCGCUAACGGGGACGACGAGUUCCAGGGCAACGUCGAGUACACGUUCACGAGGCCAGACGGGACGCAGCUCGGAACGCAGGCGCACUGUGCCUGGUUGCAAGACUAUCCCCAAGGUUUCCGCGAGCUGCUUAACUACCUGUGGAAGCGGUACAAGCUCCCGAUUUACGUGACCGAGAAUGGUUUCGCCGUCAAGGACGAGAACACGAAGCCGAUUGAGGAGGCGCUCCAGGACGUGGACCGGGUGAACUACUUCAAGGGCACGACUGACGCACUGUACCACGCUGUGCUUGACGAUGGGGUGGAUGUCAGGGCUUACUUCCCGUGGAGUUUCGUGGACAACUUCGAGUGGGCAGAUGGGUACAUCACCCGGUUCGGCGUGACGUACGUCGACUACGAGACGCAAAAGCGGUACCCGAAGGAGUCCGCCAAGUUCCUCGUCAAGUGGUUCAAGGAGAAUGUUGAUGAAGCCCCUGCUGCUAGCCAAACGGCCAAUGGCACCUCGCUGUCGCAGAAGCGAAAGUCUACCAACAGCUCGCAGCCGUCGCGGGUGUCAAGCCUGCGUUCUUCGUUCGGCCGGUUCGUUUCCCGAUUGUCGAGGUCGGGACGGGCUGUUUCGCCCAGUCGCGCUUGAGUCUCUUCAUCCCGUGAAGAGGCAUUAAGCGUGCAUCCGCUUUACUUGUGACGGUGGUGCGGUAGUGGUUUGUGUCCUGACCCAUGAGGACUCGGUGACCAUGCGAGCGAGGAUGGGCUACGGAGAGACGAGCAGAGUCCCUGAAGCAGGUUGCGCUAGACGAUGUCGUUUGAUUCGUUGUCUGUUGGCCUCGGUUCUGACAGUGAUCACGAACUGGCUGUGUUUAGUAGGGCGCUAGACGUUUAUUUAUCAAGUUUUGAUGUCCUUUUGUACGAUAACCUCUUGACUCUUGACCUUACACAUCGCAUUCGAUACCUUCAUACCGUUG